CUUUGAGGAUCAUACCUCUUUUUCACCUUUGUCUACUGAAAAACUGGCAAACUUUUCAAGUGUCCAAAUCAGUGAAUCUUUGUCUUCUAAAUUUUCUGAUCAUCAUCAUCUGUAGUGGAUUCAGCAGACUUUGAAGUUUUUAGUUGGCAAAACAAAGAGAUUGGAGAGAGAGCCUGGAGUAUUGUCAAUUCUGAGGAAGAGCUUGGGUGGAAGUCUCAUUGAGCUAUAUAAGUCACAUCAGGAGUGAAGCACUGGUAAAAGAAAGCCUUCUUAUUUUCUUGCCAGGAUACAGGUGAGCAAGUUUUGCUUUUGUCCUAAAGAACCUACUGAUUUGCCCAGUAGAUGAAGCCUGGGUUAUUCUUGUGAACUGAUACAUUGCCUGACAGCACCACAAUAAGGUGGUCUUUCCAGGCCUUGAACCCCAGUACCUGCACUCACAGUGAAGGUGCCAUUGGACAUCUUCUAGAAUAUGCCUGAUUCAUGACAGUAGAAGAUUUCCUCUCAAAGGACUCAGUUGCUUUUGAGGAUGUGACUGUGAACUUUACCUGGGAAGAGUGGACUUUGCUGGGCCCUUGUCAGAAGAAUCUCUACAAAGAUGUGAUGCAGGAAACCAUCAGGAACCUGGACUGUAUAAGAAUGAAAUGGGAAGACACAAACACUGAAGAUCAGCACAAAAAUCCCAGGAGAAGCCUAAGAUGUCAUAUUGUAGAGAGAUUCCGUGAAAGUAGCCAGAUUUCAGAUAGUAUUGUGGUUGAAAAAACUCGUGGAGUAGAUCCAUGUGAAAGCAGUGUGCAUGGAGAAGUCAACAUGGAUUGUUCAUUCCUUAAUUGCAUCACAUUUGAUGCUGGACACAAACCAGGUGAGUGUCAGGAAUAUGGAGAGAAGCCACAUACAUACAAACAAUGUGGGACAGCCUUCAAUUAUCACCACUCCUUUCAAACACAAGAAAGACCUGACACUGGAAAGAAACGCUAUGAUUGUAAGGAAUGUGGGAAAACCUUCAGCUCUUUGGGAAACCUUCGAAGACACAUAAUAGUGCAACGUGGAGGUGGACCUUAUAAAUGUAAGUUGUGUGGAAAAGCCUUUUUUUGGCCUAGUUUAUUUCAUAUACAUGAAAGAACUCACACUGGAGAGAAACCGUAUGAAUGUAAGCAGUGUUCUAAAGCCUUCCCUAUUUAUAGUUCCUUUCUAAGACAUGAAAGAACACAUACUGGGGAGAAACCAUAUGAAUGUAAGCAGUGUUCUAAAGCCUUCCCCGAUUCCAGUUCCUUUAUAAGACACAAAAGAACUCACACUGGAGAAAAACCCUAUAAAUGUAAACAAUGUGGAAGAGCCUUCAGUGUUUCCAGUUCCCUUCGAAUACAUGAAAGAACUCACACUGGAGAGAAACCCUAUGCAUGUAAGCAAUGCGGGAAGGCAUUUCAUCAUCUGGGAAGCUUUCAAAGACACAUGAUAAUGCACACUGGAGAUGGACCCCAUAAGUGUAAGGUAUGUGGGAAAGGUUUUGAUUGUCCUAGUUCACUGCAAAGUCAUGAAAGAACUCACACUGGAGAGAAACCCUAUGAAUGCAAGCAGUGUGGGAAAGCAUUAUCUCAUCGCUCAAGCUUUCGAAGUCAUAUGCUAAUGCACACUGGAGAUGGACCUCACAAAUACAAGGUAUGUGGGAAAACCUUUGUUUAUGUCAGUGUAUUUCAAAGACAUGAAAGGACUCACACUGGUGAGAAACCCUAUGAAUGUAAAGUAUGUGGUAAAGCCUUCCGUAUUUCCAGUUCCCUUCGAAGACAUGAAGCAACUCACACUGGAGAGAAACCCUAUAAAUGCAAAUGUGGGAAAGCCUUUAUUAAUUUCUAUUCCUUUCAAAAUCACAAAUCAACUCACACUGGAGAGAAGCCAUAUGAGUGUCAGGAAUGUGGGAAAGCUUUCAGUUGUUCCACAUACCUUUCUCAGCAUAAAAGGAUCCACACAGCUGAAAAACCUUAUGAGUGUCAAACAUGUGGGAAAGCUUUCGGUCAUUUUGGUAACUUAAAAGUCCAUGAAAGGAUUCACACUGGAGAGAAGCCAUAUGAAUGUAAGGAAUGUGGGAAAGCAUUCUCUUGGCUCACUUGUCUUCUGCGACAUGAAAGAAUCCACACUGGAAAGAAAUCUUAUGAGUGUAAACGAUGUGGUAAAGCCUUCACUCGUUCUCGUUUCCUUCGAGGACAUGAAAGGACUCACACUGGUGAGAAGAGGCAUGUAUGUAAGGAAUGUGGGAAGGCGCUGAGUUCCCUCCGUUUCUUGCAUAGACAUAAAAGGACUCACUGGAGAGAUACUCUCUAAGUGUGGGAAAGCAUUCAUUAAUUUUAUUUCAUUUCAGAAACAUGAAAGAAAUCACAUAGGAAUAAGCCUCAUGAAUGAAAACAGAUGGUAAAACCUUAAGAUGUUUCUUUCGAAUAUGGUUAUUACUGAGCCAUAUGCAGGGGAUUGUUUCCAGACCCUCUAAGCACACCUAAAUCCACAGAUGCUGUGUCCCUUUUAUAAAGUGACUUUUGCAUGUAACCUAUCUGCAUCCUCCUGCAUCCUGUAAAUCAUGCCUACAUUACUUAAUUUUUCACCAACCCAAAGUUUUUGUAAAAGUAAAAAUAAAAAGUAGAUUACUAAAAUA